UGGUGUACUUUUAUAUUUGACCUGCUAACACUGCAGCUAUAUAUAAAGCUGCUACCAUUUCACAAACUGAACUAAAAUAAUAGUGAAGAGAGGAAAACCAAAAUAGAAAGAAAAUAUACCAUGGCUUCUUCAAUUAGGAUCUCAAGGCUGCUAUCUCGUUCUUUUGUUUCUGCUUCCACUACUUCUGUGUUUUCUAGAGGUACUUUUGGUUACCUAGGUACAGGGCUCAGUAAAUACAGCACUGCUUCUGCCAUUGAAGAACCAAUUGAACCAUCAGUUAAAGUACAACACACCCAGCUCUUAAUUGAAGGAAAAUUUGUGGAUGCAGCUUCUGGCAAAACUUUUCCAACGUUGGACCCCAGGACAGGAGAAGUGAUUUCUCAUGUUGCUGAGGGUGACCAUGAAGAUGUUGAUCGUGCUGUUGCAGCUGCACGCAAAGCAUUCGAUCAUGGACCUUGGCCAAAGAUGACAGCCUAUGAAAGACAAAAGGUAUUAUUGCGUGCUGCUGAUCUGUUUGAAAAGCAUAAUGAUGAGCUUGCUGCACUUGAGACUUGGGAUAAUGGGAAGCCAUAUGCACAAUCUGCUCAAAUUGAAAUUCCAAUGCUGGUUCGCCUGUUUCGAUACUAUGCUGGUUGGGCAGAUAAGAUUCAUGGUCUCACAGUUCCAGCUGAUGGACCAUAUCAUGUGCAAACAUUGCAUGAACCCAUUGGUGUUGCGGGUCAAAUCAUUCCAUGGAACUUCCCACUUCUCAUGUUUGCCUGGAAGGUUGGCCCAGCAUUGGCCUGUGGUAACACUAUUGUUCUGAAAACAGCUGAGCAGACACCAUUAUCUGCUUUAUAUGCAACUAAGUUACUUCAUGAGGCUGGGCUUCCUCCUGGUGUUUUAAAUAUAAUAUCUGGCUUUGGUCCAACUGCUGGUGCUGCUCUUGCUAGUCACAUGGAUGUAGAUAAGAUUGCUUUUACAGGUUCAACUAGUACCGGAAAAAUUGUCCUUGAACUUGCUGCAAAGAGCAAUCUUAAGGCUGUAACUUUGGAGCUUGGUGGGAAAUCCCCUUUUAUUGUAUGCGAAGAUGCUGAUAUAGAUCAGGCUGUUGAGCUAGCACACUUUGCAUUGUUCUUUAAUCAGGGACAAUGCUGCUGUGCUGGGUCUCGAACAUUUGUACAUGAACGUGUGUACGAUGAGUUUAUUGAGAAAGCAAAGGCACGUGCUUUGAAGCGUACUGUUGGUGAUCCAUUCAAAGAGGGAAUAGAGCAAGGUCCUCAGAUUGAUUCAGAACAAUUUGAGAAAAUACUGAAGUACAUUAGAUCCGGUGUUGAAAGUGGAGCUACCCUUGAAACUGGAGGGGAGAGAUUUGGCAACAAGGGCUUCUAUGUUCAGCCUACUGUGUUCUCAAAUGUUCAGGAUGGCAUGCUGAUUGCAAAGGAUGAGAUAUUCGGGCCAGUGCAAUCCAUAUUAAAAUUCAAUGAUAUUGGUGAGGUGAUUCGUAGAGCAAAUGCCACACGCUAUGGUCUUGCAGCAGGGGUGUUUACAAAGGACAUUGACACUGCAAACACAUUGACUCGAGCAUUGAGAGCAGGAACAGUGUGGGUGAACUGCUUCGAUACAUUUGAUGCAGCAAUUCCUUUUGGAGGGUAUAAGAUGAGUGGACAGGGAAGAGAAAAAGGAGAAUACAGUCUUAAGAACUACUUGCAAGUGAAGGCUGUUGUUACACCCUUGAAGAACCCAGCAUGGCUUUGAAACAACAUCAAUAGCUUCUUCUCCUCUAUCUGAUGAAAAGAUUAAUAAAUAGGCUCCAAUGAUAAUGAUGAUAAAAUCAUGUUUAUCUUUCAUCCAAGAUUCUGGCAAUGUUGAUUUUUUCUUUUUCUUUUUCUUUUUCUUGGUGGGAUACUUGAAUCAAUUAUCUUUUUUUGUUAUUAUUAAUACUCUGUUAUAAAAUUCUAUU